AUGAACUUCCAAAAGGAGCACCUUGAUUUGGUUUUGGUCCCUUGUGGCCUUAUGAUCAUGAUGGCUUAUCACCUCAUCCUUCUAUACAGAUGCCUCCAUCUUCCCCACACUACAACCCCUGGCUUUGAGAACAAUGACAAACGUGCUUGGGUUGAGAGAAUCAUGCAGGCUACUCUCUCUCUCUCUCCCCUUAUUUUUUGUUGUGAUUUAAUCCCAACACAGGCUCAUAACAACGAUGUCGAUAGUACAGCCCUAGCUGUGAUUGCAUCCAAUACAUCAGCAGCAACUUUCUUAGCUUCAGUCUGCUUAACUCUCGGCACUCUUAUAGGUGCUUGGCUGGGAAACUCUUCUAAAAGUGUCUUUCAGAGCAAGUUAAUCUUUGGUGACACAAGCGAGUCCACUAUUUUCAUCAAGUACAUAACCCUCCUCGCUUGCUUUUUCCUAGCUUUUUCAUGCUUUGUUCAAUCAACAAGGCACUUUGUCCACGCGAAUUAUCUGAUAAGCAUGCCAGAUAGUCACAUACCUGUGAAAAAUGCAGAGAAGGCAGUUAUAAGGGGAAGUGAUUGUUGGUCACUUGGACUUAGAGCACUGUAUUUUGCUCUUAAUUUGCUGCUAUGGUUUUUCGGUCCAAUACCCAUGUUUGUUUCAUCUGUUAUAAUGGUGAUCAUCCUCUAUUGUCUUGACACCAAUUGGACUCCGUUGCAUGAGCAUAGGCCUCUGGGGAACAAGGUGGUCUAA